CCGUGGUCACGUGUCCCAACAACUCUACCUACACCUAAAGUUUGUCACAGCACAGCAGCGCGUUUGCGUUUAUGUUGAGCUCCUAAAACAACCCGACACAACAUUCAGAUACAGAUGUAAUAACAUUUUUCUUUAGACGACGUUCUCUGUUGCCGUUUAUAACGGAUGUGUACGUGGGUGACACACGGUGCCACGAUCACGAUCAAUGGCGUCCUGUUUGACAGAGUGGGUAACUUCAUGCUGCAACAUCAUUCUGUGCACCACGGCUCUGUACUCUUCAUAUAAACUCUUUAAGGACCACAGAGCUCCUUCAGUAGGUCUUCUCGUGCUUGGACUCUCUGCAUCAGUUUGCAUCUUUCCUUCCUCCAGCUCAUACCUAACUACCCUCCAGAAAGAAGCAGAGUGGGCUGGCGAGGUUCUGGCUCCAGCGUUGGUCUCCUUUGACUUCCUGUGGCUCAGUCAGGACCACAACACUGCACACAUUCUCCUCUGUGGCUCUUGUCUGCUGCUGGGACUGUGGGACUGGCUCUCAGCAGACACUCUGACAGUGAUGACCCGCUGCUUGGGCCUGUCCUCUCUGUCCUGCUGCCUCACAGUGUGUCUUUUUGCUGGUAAUGCUUCAGGGGCCAUGGGUGGUGUGGCCCUGAGCCUCCCUGUUCUCAUGACUCCACAAGUGGGAAUAAAUAUGUUUGCUCCUCUGGUUUCUACAGCUGCCUCUGAGGGACUAAUGAAGUGGUUUCUGAAAGGCUCCUUGUCAAUAGGCUGUUGGGCCUCGACAAAGGCCCUUGGCAAGUUUCUGUUGGAUGUGACUGACUGAUGUAACUUCAGCAUUUAGUACACAUCUGUGUAUGUCAUCACAAUCUUGUAAUAAUUAUACUAAAUGCCACAAAGACAUAUUUACCAGAGAUAUAAUGUAAAAGCUAUAACUGACAUGUUUUAUUUACUGUAUAAUAAGUUUCAGCUGGAGUGUGUUUGGUUGUUAGUCACUUAUUUGCUGGGUGGUAUUAUAGCGUAAAUGUCAGCAAAACUGGGAACCGCUUAACCAAACAAGUGUUAGUUAUUGAACAAAAAUGAACAUAAGCUGAUUUUUAGUUUUUUAAAAUCAAGUAUUUUCACAUCACAUCACUAUGGAUUAAAUAUAUCUGUUAUUAAAAAGCUUAUUUGGCCAAUAAUUGAUUAUAUAAUAAAUACUUGGAAUGUUACCUUGGGCUCCUGUAAAUUGAGACACACUUUCCCACACAUACAUACUAAGCAAUCAAUAACCCACUGGAAACAGUGGAAUAAGGAUGCAUGAUAUGAAAUUAACAUAAUAUUUUCAUACAUAUGUUGCAGCAGAUGUGGAUAUAAAAUAUCUUUACUUAAAAAUAAAUAAGCUGUAGGAGGGCACUUGCAUAGACGUCAAGGAGGUAGCAGCUUUUUCAGCCUACUAGUUUAGUCAUUAGUCAUAU